AUGCCCACUGAAGCUGACACUCCAGCAUUGACUGGUUCAGAUAUUUGCACACUUGCCCUGGAUACCACUUUCGAGCCUCUAAACGCGGAGCAUGCAUUCCCAGAGCUCGACCUUCAGAUCGCCAAUCUCAAGAUCGAAGAACCUUCAUCCAAGUCUCAGAGCGAUACCAAGAAUGAUUUACAUCCAGCAUCACAGGAGGAAUCACGCCUCCUCACGCUACCCGCAGAAAUUCGGACGCACAUCUACGGCCACGCAGGGAUCUGGGACUUUGAUUGCAACUCAGCCGGCUACCUGGGCAAUCGAAGACCCCCCGGAAUGCUACUGACUUGCAGAUCGGUUUACCACGAGAUUUCGGAGAGAUUCUGGGCAGGUCGCACACUAUACAUCAAUGACGCAGACUACUGGGGUUCCGAGCCCUGCCAAUGCUGCGGAAACUACAUGAUGGGAGUCCACUCGAUUGAACGCGCACUUGGCGCCCGGUUGAAUGCCAUGGGACCUGCUUCGCAGCAUCUGGCAAAGGUCAACGUGCGGGCGGCGCUUGUAUGUUUUGAGCGCUUGAUGCUUAUCUUUGAGGUUCUUGCCGACAGCUGCCCCUCGCUCAAGGAUCUCGAUAUAAUUUUCGGCAAGAAGGAAAGCAAGAUUAUCACUGGAAGACAGGUCCGUAUGGGCUUCAUCCAUCCUCGCACCAUCGAUACCCCAUCGUUCCAAAUAAAGAUCUGGAUCGAGAAAGCCACAGCUGCGCUCCGCCGGAUACUAGAGCGUGGUAAGCUGAAGAGUCUUGAGUUCUCGGUGUACCUGGACGAUUGGGGCCAGCAGGAAGACAUUGACGCUCUUUGGGAAUCGAUGUGCGCGGCUAUUGGGAAGGACAAGACCCUCAGAGGCAGCAAGCAUAGGCUCAUCUAUAACGAGAAGCAGCAGAACCCGGGCCUUAUCAUCCCAAACAAUGUGAUUCCACUGUCUGAGAAGAGAAUCCCAAUCUGCAAGUGGUAUAUUCUUGAGUUUGACAGCGACUUCGAGUUCAAGGUAGGGUUUGGGUUCAGUACGUUUUGCUCCUUCUCGAUCACUGAAAAGGCCUGA